AUGGAGCAGCUCGCCCCGCACUGGCAGGGGGGCCUUCCAUCCAUGAGAGCACCGAGGAGCCGUGGAGCCGCGCCCGAGGAGGACCGCCGAGGCCGGGCGGCCGGGCAUGCGCCGCGCCGGGAUGCACGGGUGCUGGGGCCAGACCGCGCCCGCCCCUGCGCCGGAUCCGAGGCCGAGGCCGCGCCCUUGCCUGGAGGACCGCCGAGGAGCCAGCCGUGGAGCCGCGCCCGAGGAGGAACGCCAAGGCCGGGCGGCCGGUAUGGCAAUGCCGUCGUCCCCGCCGCUGCGGACGAGUGGAAAGCGGAGAAGGCGAAGAAGCAGGACAGUGUCGAUGCCGCGGCGAGCGACGUCGGCAGCUGCGUGUCGCUCUCACUCGCCACCGACGAACGGUCCGAGGCGGCGUCGGAGUCGUCGGUCGCGACCAGCUCGGUGGCCGGGCCGGAGCGCUCACCAAGGACGAAACCGGCCAGGAGGCGCCCAGCAUCCGCCGAUCUGGGGUCAGCACGGCGCGAGCGCGACCGCGACCGCGCCGUCGCGGCCUCCUACGGCGUCCGCUCCCGCAGCGCGCGGGCGUCGGCGUCCCCGCCGCCGAGGCAGGUGCCGCGGGACCGCUCCGUCCGGCAUUCGCCCUCGCCGGCAGCGAAGCGGCGGGCGUUGUCUGAGCCCCGCCGCGCCACCAGCCCAACUCCGUCCGUACAGCGCAAGCCGUCUGUCCCGGCAAGGCCGGCCAGCCGCGUCUGGUUGCCCAGCUUUGAUUUUUAAUAACUAGGCGACAUCAGUUGCAGAAUUUGCGUAAUUACGAUUUACGAUAUAUGAACCAGUUACCUAGAAUGUUAAUAAUUCAUAGUGUGCGUUGGAUUCUCCGUAUGGCACUACAGGCUGAGAUUAAAACAUGACUUUUCUUAACACUUAGCUAACUGAACGAAUAAUGAGAUAUAUUGCAGUGUAAUCCAUGCUCUAACCAGUGCACUUCAUAUUUUAGAGCUCCGGAAAAAACAUCGUGUGGACCUGGAGAGACUAACAAUUACAUCACGACCAUUCAAGACAUUGUCAUUCUUUGUGUUAGCCAUUGCUCUGAAUUUGGAAAGAACAUGUUCAUCUGUUCUGAAAAAAGGUUACCAGUUAAAAACUGCAAUGCUUUUGGUUGUUGCUACUUGGGUUCUGCUCAUGUUCACUGAUGGCCUGAAUGAAAAGCAUCUGCAGGAGCUACUUUGGUAUGUCAGGUUUGGAUUGUGGUGGAUUAUACUAGGGGUCGCUUCAUCCAUUGGAUUAGGUUCUGGUUUGCACACUUUCAUAAUGUAUUUGGCUCCCCAUGUUGCCCUGUUCACUAUCAAAGCGGUUCAGUGUGGUAGGGUUGAUUUGAAAAGUGCUCCUUAUGACACUAUUCUCCUUGAAAGGAGACCAUCCUGGUUAGAGAAAGACUGUCUGCAAUUUGGACCCCCAAUUUAUCAUGAAACAAUUCCAUUCAGCAAAAUAUUGCAAGAAGUUUAUCUUGAAGAUAUUCUUUGGAGCAUUGGAACUGCACUUGGAGAGCUUCCUCCAUAUUUUCUCUCAAGAACAGGUUCUGUUCAUACUGCUUUGCGUACUAAGUACAACAUAAUUUACUUGAUUACAGCUGUUUUCUCUUGCCUGUCCACUUGAUCCAGUUCUUCCAC